AUGCCACCCCCAUGGGCCUCCCGUCUUCCCGCGAAAGUCCCCUUUGUAGCUCCUUUCACCCCCCUCAAGGCCAGGCCUAGCGAGAUACUAGCAUAUGCUGAAGAGUGCCAACUGGUGAAACCUACUGAUCAAGGUUACGUAGUAGUCCCCGACCAGGGAAAAUAUUUUCGCUAUCAUCGCUGGUAUGGGCAUAGCACAAAUGAAUGUCAAGCUUGGAGAAAGGAAAUAGAAACACUCAUUCAAUCAGGCCAGUUAGGAAACUACAUUGAUUGGAAUAGGAUGCACCACAAGAACGUAUGGAAGAGGGGGGCAGUUGAGCGCCCUUGUUACCCUGCUCUGCCCAAAGAUAAAUUUACCAAGGAGUCCACAGAUAAGGGCGAGCGCCCAGUCAUAAAUGUGAUAUUUGGGGGAUGGUCUCCCGUAGGAGCUGAAGAAAAGUAUGUGGGGUCGGUGGAGAAACCUUACGUCCCCGGGAAUCAAAGACAAGAAAGUAUUACCUUCUCGAAUGGCGACCUCCCGGGUAUGGGAAUCCUAUCUCGCGACGCCCUAGUAAUCUCGAUGGGAGUAAACGGAACCGAGAUGAGACGGGUCUUAGUGGACACAGGGAGUGGUGUAACCGUGAUGUAUUACGAUGUCUUCGUGAAGCUAGGGUUCGCCCCUGAUCAACUCCGACUAGUUAAAACUCAACUCGCUGGGUUUACGCGAGAUACUAUUGAAAUCGAAGGAUCCAUACGGUUGCCUGUGGAGUUAGGAGUCCCCCCAAACAUACAGGAAGUAGAGAUGGAUUUUGUGGUUGUCCGGAUAACCUGCGCCCACAAUAUCAUCUUGGGAAGGCCAUGGCUGUCGGAUGUAAAGGGAAUCAUUUCGAUGAAACACCUGUGUCUAAAGUUUCACACUCCCAAAGAGAUCGGAGUAGUGCGAGGGGACUAA